UUCAGAAGCAAUGAGGCUCUGCGGAUUGUUCUCAGGGGUUUUAUUGAUCUGGCUGUAUUUUCCGAUUGGGGAAGGAGCUAUUGGGGUUAAUUGGGGGACCAUGGCGAUUCGUCCAUUGCCGCCGAAGAUUGUUGCUCAGAUGUUGCAGGACAACGGGAUUGGAAAAGUUAAACUUUUUGAUGCGGAUGAGAACACCCUGAAAGCGCUUGUCGGAAGUGAUAUUGACGUAAUGGUGGCGAUACCAAACAAUAUGCUUGCAAUCAUGAACGACUACGAUGCUGCUCAGCACUGGGUAGAGAAGAAUGUUUCUCGCUAUAUGUUUGAUGGAGGAGUCAAUAUCAAAUAUGUUGCCGUCGGCAACGAGCCUUUCCUCGCCGCCUAUAAUGGUUCAUUCAUCAACACCACUUUCCCCGCACUACAAAAUAUUCAGAAUGCCCUUAAUGAAGCUGGCUAUGGAGACAAAAUCAAGGCCACCGUCCCCCUCAACGCCGACGUCUACAACUCCCCAUCAUCCAACCCGGUCCCCUCCACCGGCCGGUUCCGCUCCGAUAUCAGUGAUAUCAUGACCCAAAUCGUCCAUUUCUUCAAGCAGAACAACGCAUCGUUCACCGUAAAUAUCUAUCCUUUCCUGAGCUUAUAUGCCAAUAAAGACUUCCCCUUUGAUUACGCCUUCUUCGAAGGCACGGGCAAGCCCAUCGUCGACAAUGGCAUACAAUACACCAAUGUCUUCGAUGCCAACUUCGACACCCUUGUCUCAGCCUUGAAGGCCGCUGGAGUUCCCGACCUACCCAUCAUAGUGGGAGAGGUGGGAUGGCCUACUGAUGGAGACAUAAACGCCAAUAAUAACUAUGCCCAGAGGUUCUAUAACGGGCUUCUUCCCCGUUUAGCUCGCAAGCAAGGGACGCCGCUGCGACCAAAUGUGGACAUAGAUGUUUAUCUCUUCGGCCUCAUUGAUGAAGAUGCAAAGAGCAUAGAUCCAGGGAACUUUGAGAGGCACUGGGGGAUCUUCCACUACGAUGGGCAGCCAAAGUUUGCCAUGGAUCUCUCCGGUCAGCAGCCGCCGACCAAGUUGCUUAUCGCCGCCAAGAAUGUGAAGUACUUGCCGCAGAAGUGGUGUGUAUUGAAUCCUGAAGUGAGUAACUUGGACAAGCUUCAUCUUCCGCUUUUAUUCUCCUCCCCUCCUUUUUCCGAAGCCAUGAGGCUCUGCGGUUCAGAAGCCAUGAGGCUCUGCGGAUGGAUUUUACUGACGUGGUUGUAUUUUCCGAUUGGGGAAGGAGCUGUCGGGGUUAAUUGGGGGACCAUGGCGAUUCGUCCAUUGCCGCCGAAGAUUGUCGCUCAGAUGUUGCAGGACAACGGGAUUGGAAAAGUUAAACUUUUUGAUGCGGAUGAGAACACCCUGAAAGCGCUUGUCGGAAGUGAUAUUGAGGUAAUGGUGGCGAUUCCAAACAAUAUGCUUGCAAUCAUGAACGACUACGAUGCUGCUCAGCGCUGGGUGGAUAAGAAUGUUUCUCGCUAUAUGUUUGAUGGAGGAGUCAAUAUCAAAUAUGUUGCGGUCGGCAACGAGCCUUUCCUCGCCGCUUAUAACGGUUCGUUCAUCAACACCACUUUCCCAGCACUACAAAAUAUUCAGAAUGCUCUUAAUGAAGCUGGCUAUGGAGACAAAAUCAAGGCCACGGUCCCCCUCAACGCCGACGUCUACAACUCCCCAUCAUCCAACCCGGUCCCCUCCACCGGCCGGUUCCGCUCCGAUAUCAGUGAUAUCAUGACCCAAAUCGUCCAUUUCUUCAAGCAGAACAACGCAUCGUUCACCGUAAAUAUCUAUCCUUUCCUGAGCUUAUAUGCCAAUAAAGACUUCCCCUUUGAUUACGCCUUCUUCGAAGGCACGGGCAAGCCCAUCGUCGACAAUGGCAUACAAUACACCAAUGUCUUCGAUGCCAACUUCGACACCCUUGUCUCAGCCUUGAAGGCCGCCGGAGUUCCUGACCUGCCCAUCAUAGUGGGAGAGGUGGGAUGGCCUACUGAUGGAGACAUAAACGCCAAUAAUAACUAUGCCCAGAGGUUCUAUAACGGGCUUCUUCCCCGUUUAGCUCACAAGCAAGGGUCGCCGCUGCGACCAAAUGUGGACAUAGAUGUUUAUCUCUUCGGCCUCAUUGAUGAAGAUGCAAAGAGUAUAGAUCCAGGGAACUUUGAGAGGCACUGGGGGAUCUUCCACUACGAUGGGCAGCCAAAGUUUGCCAUGGAUCUCUCCGGCCAGCAGCCGCCGACCAAGUUGCUCGUCGCCGCCAAGAAUGUGAAGUACUUGCAGCAGAAGUGGUGUGUAUUGAAUCCUGAAGUGAGUGACUUGGACAAGCUUGCGGGUAACAUAAACUUUGCCUGCACCUUCUCGGACUGCACUGCGCUCGGAUAUGGCUCCUCCUGCAAUGGAUUGGAUACCAAUGGGAAUGCUUCUUAUGCGUUCAAUAUGUAUUUUCAGGCGCAGGGGCAGAAUGAACUGGGCUGUGGUUUUCAGGGGCUUGGCAUGGUGACAACUCAGAAUCAGAGUACUGAUAAGUGCAAUUUCAUCAUUCAGAUUGAUUCGCCCGCUAGUUGUAGAGCUUUUAGUUUGCCAUUGUUGUUAAUUUUUAUGUUGAUUUCACUUUAUGUGCUCAUGUUUUAGGAGUUGGAAGAUGAUUUGUUUGAUUUUUUUUAUAGAUAUGUUGUUAUGUUAUAUAGAG